CUCCUUCAAUCAUUUAGUCCCUGUUUGUGUCCCCAUUAUGCCUUUGGUUUUUUUAAUUUCUGGUGAUUUUUAAGGUUAAAAGCGAAGUGGGUCUAAAGCUAUUUGCUUCUUUUAAGUUCAGUUGUACUACAAGUGGGAAAGCAAAAGAACAAGCUUGUUUGUAGACGAGGUUAAGGCGUACUCGGUCGGUCCGAUCUCGGUUUAAUGGCUGCAGCUGCUGCGAUUCCCAUAUCUCGACAACCAUCGAAUUAUGAUGAGAUUUCUAUGCAGCAGAGCUUGUUGUUCUCUGAUAGUCUUAAGGAUUUGAAAAAUCUGAGAUCACAGCUCUACACAGCAGCUGAGUAUUUUGAACUUUCCUACACCAAUGAUGACCAAAAACAGAUAGUGGUAGAAACAUUGAAAGAUUAUACCAUCAAAGCACUUGUGAAUACUAUAGACCAUUUGGGUUCUGUGACAUACAAGGUUAACGAUCUUUUAGACGAAAAAGUCGAAGAGGUUUCAGGAACUGAGCUCCGAGUCUCUUGUAUUGAACAGAGACUACGAACAUGCCACGAGUAUAUUGAUCAUGAAGGGAUUUCACAACAGUCAUCGGUGAUUAAUACGCCAAAGUACAAUAAACGAUACAUCUUGCCAGUCGGGGAGACCAUGCAUGGUGCAAACCUUACAAAGUCGAAAUACGUAGGAUGUAGCCUAGACGACGAAGAUGACUGGCAUCAGUUCAAGAAUGCCGUUCAAGCUACGAUUCGAGAAACACCAACAUCUUCAGUCCGGGAAACUCCGACAUCAUCGGCCAGUUUCAGAAAAGGGCGAUCUCUGCCACCUUCUCCAUGGCCUCCGCAACGAUCUUCAACCUUUUCUUUUACUUCCACGGUCCCGAAAAAAGAACUAGAGAAGCGAACGGUAUCACCGCAUCGAUUCCCACUUUUACGUACGGGAUCAAUGAGCAGGCCUACGACCCCAAAUAAGAGCCGCCCGACUACUCCAAAUUCAGCUGGUGCAAGGCGGCGGUAUCCCUCGGAGCCCCGGAAAUCAGCUUCGAUGAGACUUCAAACAGAGAAAGACAUCGAACAAGUUCCGAGCAAAAGUAAAAGACUGCUGAAAGCAUUGCUUAGUCGUCGGAAAUCGAAGAAAGAUGAGAUGUUAUAUACUUAUUUAGAUGAAUACUGAGAAACAAACGAACAAACAAACCACAUAUGGAUGAUAGGUCGCCAAAAAAAUGGCCAAAUGAUAAGAGGUUUUUCUUUUUCUUUCAGUUUUCAUUUACGUUUUUCUAUUUUUCAUUUUUAUUUUUGGGUUUUUUUUCCCUAUAAAUGUAUUCCACAAUGUAUCGAUGUUACUAUCAUAUUUCAGCCUACGAGCUAUGUAUAAUUUUUUUUAUUUCACAGUUUUCCUGCAAAAUGCAAUGAUGUAUGUUGUUUGUUGACAUUGGUGGAGCAUCUAUUUGAAGUUUGUAUGAAAGGGAUGAUGUAACUUUUUUACAAUUA